GUUACGCAACACCUAUACGUGCAAUAAUGUGUAUUUUUGAGCCCAAGUAUGUCCAAAAUAAUCAAAAAACAUGUAUACCGUAAUAGGUUACAGCAAAAAGUACUGCAUCAAAGAGCAUGGCUGAACGUCUGAACUACCUCAUCUGAUUUUCACUUUCCAAACAACAGCUUGAGGAAUAACCUUGACAUAUUCUAAGUGAAAUAUUCUCUCGAGAGAACAAGCACCCACUUUAUCCUGACGAACAAAUUGAUAUGUGGGAGUUUAUGGAAAAGUCUCAGACAGCGUCAGUGUGCGACAUAAUGACUCAGCCUGUAGGCGGCCACUCCACCACGUCAGAAGUCCGCCAGUUUGUCUGAAGUGAAAGCAGACUGCCGGCCCAUCCUCAAGUUUCACUACACGCUUGGACAUUACACCCACAGACACACAGAGAUGAGCUCUGUCUUUGGACUGAAAAAACUGAAUUUCAUGCACUGCAUUUGAGAAACUUGGGAUUCUUUCUCCAUAUGAGGAAGAAAAUCUUGAAAGCACCUUGUCUCCUCCUGAGUCUGGUAACAAGUUUGAAUCUUUGCUCUGGAAAAUUUGGGUCACCAAUAACUGAUGAUGUGAACAAGCUGCCAGUAUUGAAGCAGAAUAUCCCCUAUGAUUAUGAGAUUCCUGUUAGUUACAUUCCCAAAGAAGUGGCUGGCACCUGCUGGGUGGUGUUAAAUAUCUAUCCACUGGAGCAAAGUCUUCGGAAGCUGGCCAACACGUUUGGCACCAUCUCCACCAACAAAGACAACGUACUCCUCUUCAUUGCAAUGCUCAAGAGUUUACGCUUCACCUUAGACCACGAGAGGCUGGAAACGGCGAUGCAGAGCUUCCAGUGUCACUAUCAGGAACAUGGCUUACUGACUGGUCCUUACUUUGACUACAUCAGAGAUUUCUUACACACUGCUGCUCAAGGACCAACUGACUUCUCCUGUGAGCCACCACCAUGCCUUAGUACUGAACAAACACCAGGGAUUCAUGAAGAGAAUCGUGGGGACGCUUGGUCGAGAAGAUCUCCCCUGCUUUUGGUUCUCAUCCCCUUCAUCACUUGUGUUGCUCUCAUAGUGUGGUUGGUCAAGUCUGGAAAGCGUUUACCAGUAUGCAACACUGAAAAUAGCCAAAUGGAACCUUCUGACACGAUCCCAACUGUGUCUAUCUCCAUCCCACUUCAAACACUCACCCACGCUGCUGACGCUCAGCCAGAGCGGGAAGCGAUAGCUGAACAUGAAAGUGGAUGAAGGACGUUUAAUAAAGAAGGAAAAACUCGGACAGCAGCAUACCAACUCACUCUCCAGUCAGCUGGAUAAAUGAGUGGUCUCCUCUGCUUUCACUCAUCUGAGCGCAGGGUCCACAGCUACUCUGCAAGAGCAAACCCAAGCUGUUGUGGAGGCAGGUGUACUACAAAAUUCCCCAUCGGCUCUUCUUCGGAAGCUGGUUAUCUUUCAAAAUGGCUGGCAAAGCACAGAUUUUCCUGCCUUGGGUUCAGCUGGCCUAUUUUGUGACAACCAGAUUCAGUUUGUUUUUCCUCGCACUCUGGACUAAUAUCUUUAAGGGGUUUGUGCUUCACUUUGAAGCUGCAAUAAAAAAAAAAAAGUAUCGCUGGAGCUUAAAAUCAUGUAAUCAUCACACGUCAUCCACUUGUUGACUCUGUCCGGGCGGUUGCCAAGACCGUCCUUUCACUACUUCGCAAAACCUGAUUUCUACAAGCAGAAAAAGAAGUACAGUCACAUUAAUGCUAUCUUGAAAGAAAACAACUAAAAUGCUGUUGCUGCAUUUUAUCUCACGCAGCCUGUCCUGUACUUGUUGUUGACAUUAUUAUGAUCUGCGAUCUGUCACAAAUUGCAAACCUGCUACUCACAAACAACACACUGAGCAGUUCAACAAGUGUCCCACUUUGUGUAUCAAAGAUCUGACCAGAUGGCAGAUAGCCAUCGCCAGAGGCACUUUGAAUCCAGUCAUUGUAUUUUCAAAGCCGUUGCCCAGUGAUCUAUAGCUGCUGCUCAGCCGCAGUGAGUGUGUUAGAGGUUUUAAUGCCUUAUUCACUGGGUCAAUCAUGUUCAGUCAUGAGAACAUGACUCCCCGAGUGUGAGCGCUCUUGUAGUGCAUGUGUCACAGACGGAGCGAGAGACAGUGCAGACAGGACGAGGGAAAGUGAGGGAGAUAGGGACUGAUAGAUGGAUGGACGGAUGAGCUCAGUGAGAAGCAUAAGGAGGGCUUGUUCUCGUCACAAAAGAACUGGCCGUAGGCUGGAGGAAAUGCCAGUUACAAACACGACUGAUGUGCACAGAUCCCUAUGAAUCAACAGGCUAAGAAUCCUUCUAGACCGCAGGCUAUGCACCCUACAGAGCCUGGUUAGUAUUCAAUAACAGUUGACUGUAUUUGAAUGAUUAACUUCCAAAACACACCCAUGAAAUAUGGAUAUAUCUUUGGUAAAAUGUCUUUCUGUCGUAGACUUCGUGUAGACAGUGUUGUCUUUGUAGUGAACCGUUUGUAAAGGUUUCAUAUUUGUAUUUCGUGAAAACAUGUUAUUUGUGUGUGAAGUAUUUAAGUUAUUUUGUUACGUGUUUCACUUACAAAAAUGUUUCCAGCUGUUUUAGUGAUGCAAAUGAUGAACACGCCCAAUUAUAUUGUGAAUGUACAGGAGCUAGACAAAAUACUGUGAACGCAGAAAGGAAAGCGCGUUAUAACUCUCACCAAAUUCAGAAAUAAUCCAUCAUUUUGCACUGCAGGGGUCUGAUCACAUUUACAAAUUACUAUAUUUAGAUACUGUCCCCAUAUUUGAAAAUUGUUUGUCUUGGAUUUCCUCUGUUUUUUCCUGAGGUAUUUCACCUAUCUGACUGACACGGCUGCAGUUUGGGAGGAGCAUUUUAACUGUUUUUUUUCUUAUAUUGGUAAUUCACAUGCAACAUUGUUGAUUGUUCAGUAUCUUUUAUACCCAGACAAAAGUAAAUUUUACAAGAAUUCAGUCACCACAUUGGACCUACUAGAAGUCUGUUACAGUGUAACUAUUUGCAGAGAGCCUUUCCACUCUCCUCUGCUUGUAGUUUCUUAUUUUCUCCAAAUUUUGCUGUGCUCAGGAGGUUUCUGGGCUUCAGCCCUCCGGCAGUGGGUGUUUAACUCCCAGCCAAUAAAAGUUUUCUGGCUUUGAGGGUGGGGAAACGUGGUGACAACAUUACACGCCUCCAUCUCUCUCCUCUGCUCUCCGUCUGUGUUGUGAAUGUCUGUGCAUCUGUUCCUCCAGGGGCACAUAGUUAAAGCAGAGUGACCAACUGGCAAUGCUGCACCUUGCUGCAAAGGUGUGUAACGGUGUGGCUGUGUUUGUUGUCUAUAGGGUGACCGCAGUGAAAUAGUCAGAAAAUGUUGUUUCAUCUCCCUCGUGUCAUUCACCCUUUUUUUGGUUAUUCUGUUGUUGAGGAGGCAGAAGUGGGGGGAAAAGCUGGAUGUUACAUCUGUAAUUAGCAUAAAGUGUAUACGAUACUGUCGCCUUUUACUGUAGUUUUUAUUGCAAUGGAUGUUUUUUUUUUUAAAGGAACUUUAUUUUUGUUAAUCCAUAUAAAUGGCUACUAAGCAGAUGUUCUGUCAGUAUUGUGCAUAUAUUCUGAUUUGUCAACAAAGUGAACCAAGUUUGUUGCCUUCCUGAAAUCUUUGUAAUUGAAAUGGUAGACUUCAUGUUCAGCAUGUGAAGUUUAUUUAACACUGGGCUUGAUAAAAGGCCUCCAUUCUUUUUUUUCUUUUUUCUUCUUCGGGGAAUAUUUCGACAUGCAUGACCUCUGAACAAAGUAUUGUAUUCAGAGAGAAUGGUGUUAUUCCAAAGGGACAGAGGUUUAUUCGGAGAAUUUUUCCACAUUCUCUUUUUCUUCACAAACGACACUACCACCCAUAAAAUGUCUCUGUGACUGUUGCAAUAAAA